AGUCACUAAGUGGCCCCUAGCCAUGUGCCUUGGAGACGGUGGAUCGUGGCGAUGUCGAGGACAUGGCGCAUCUCCCUCGGUUCCCUUGUUUGGGUCACAGGCCCACUGCCAUGGAUGACAAUGCAACUUGGAGAUGGCGUUGGGUUCAUAGAGCUUUCUCAUCGUUUGGCCCAAGCCGGAGCAAUUUUCUUCAUCCAGCUGUGGGGAAAUCGCACCUCUACCAUUGCGAGGAGCAGGGACCGAACGGGCAAUUUGCAAAAAGGUUUCUGUCAUUCUACUUAGGACCGUUUGCUAAGCUAAAUAUGGAAGGCCAGUAUGGCAGUCACAACGUGGUAAGAGAUGCCCAGACAAAAGAACGCGAGGAAAUGAGCAGCCUGACGCGCACCAUUGCUAUUUGUUCCGGUGGUUUUUCCCAUUUGCUGAACAAAUGCAGUCUGGGGAGUCUGAAGGCCUUCUCUCCGCAUGACUGAGAUGCCCCGGUGGGCGCCGCGGGCCACACUUCACCAGGCACCCGCACCUGGUGGGCCCUUCUGGGCAAAUCAAC